UCCACACAGACGCUGUGUGACGAGGGUUGACAUCCGUCUUGUGUUAAAGCGCUGCUUACCUUGACACUGUUAUAAUGAUUUUUGGAAAGACUCGUUUGUCGUCGCCAGCAGACUGAAAAGAUGGAGAAGUAUGAGCAGGUGUUGUGUUUGGGCAGGGGAGGAGCUGCGGAAGUGUUCCUAAUGAGGCACGUAGAGAGCAAGAGCCUGCACGCGGUGAAGAGGAUAAAGGUAGAGAGCACAAGGAGGACAAACACUCAGCGGACAAUCCUGCAGGAAGCUGAGAUCAUCAGGAGUCUGCAGCACCCUCAUGUAGUCACAUGCAGCGAUGCCUUUGUUAGCUCUGAUGGAUUUAUUUACAUUGUGAUGAACUACUGUGAUGGUGGGACACUAGAUGACAAAGUGAAGCAGAGAAAACCAAAUGAGUUCUUCACAGAGGACACUGUAAUGGGGUGGUUUGUACAAGUUGCUGUGGCUCUGGAUUACAUACACACAGCUAAGAUACUACACAGGGACAUCAAAACAUCAAAUGUACCUAAGCAAGGCAUGGUGAAGCUAGGGGACUUUGGGAUAUCCAGAGUAAUGACCAACACAGCUGACAUGGCCUCCACAUGUGUUGGGACACCGAGCUACCUCAGUCCUGAGCUGUGCCAGGACGUCCCAUACAGCACCAAGUCUGACAUCUGGGCUCUGGGCUGUCUGCUGUAUGAGCUCUGCGCUCUCAGAUCUCCGUUUGCAGCCACCAACCUGCUGAGUCUGUUCUACAAGAUCACCAAAGGAGAGUUUGAUCCAGUGCCCAACAUCUUCUCUGACAACAUCUCCUCUUUGAUCGAGACGAUGCUCUGCAUCAACCCAGAAAACAGGCCAACUGCUGCCUGUAUACUCAACAGUGCCUGUGUGCAUGAUCAUCUGGAGUCUAUGGAACACACACAGAGUGACUGUGUUCCUGUGAAGAGCGUUGACACUAACACAGCAGGACAAGAGCACAACAUGGAGGCCUGCUCCAGCUACGUUGAGGAGGAAUAUCAUCAUGAUUUGUGUGUUGGAGAGCACAACCACAGUGACUGCCAGUAUCCCGAGGACUUUGAUGAAGACGAGAGUUUGUCCUCUCUUGAGGAGUGCAGUGACAACUCUGGGUCGACAAUGAGGAGCGAAUCAGCUGAGUCUAUUGUAUUUCCUGAUGCCUCAGAUCAGGUGGAGUAUCCGGAUGACUUUGAGGAAGCAGAUGUGGAAGAAGAAGAUGGAGCGGCCUCAGCUCAGGAUGCAGCCGAGGAGGAGUUUCAGCUCUGCGACGCUGGAGGACUGACCAUCACUCUGAAAGCGUUGAAGGAAAAAGGCUAAAGGAGACAACCGAUGUGGAAUAAAGUGACCAGAACAGUUCACUAUCUGAUGAGUGCCUUGUUCGUGAAGCGUUUUAUCCAGUUGCUGUCAAAAAAAGACACCAGACCCUUUAUUUUUUAGAUAUCAGCUGAAAAUAAGACAAUUAAACACUUGGUGGGGCUAGAGAGGAAGAAUGAAGUCCUGCUCAGUGUGGGUUGUCACGUGAUGAUUCCUCAAUGAUGUGUGAUAAGCGUCAUAAGCAGUAGGGGUGAUGUUGAAUGAAUGACGUGACUGGGUGAUUCUAAAAAUAGGAAGACAUUAUGAUAUUCGACACAAGCUUAUAUGAUGUCUCAAACCACUUUCAUGUUUUAUUUUUACAGAUAAAAUAGCAGUAGGCAGUGUUUCGUAAACUACUUAAAGCAUAUCACAUCACAUUCACAUCUUUCUUCGUAUAAGGCCUAUUAUACAGUAUAACCUAAUAUUUCAUACUAUAUGUUUUGUACUCACUCUUGUUUCUUUCAGUGUUUUAAUAUUACACCAUUUCAAAUGAAAGGACUUUUCAGGACUUAUCUUUGCCUCAAAAAGAGAUUAAAUCACAAUGUCUGUGCAACUGUGCUGAAUGAUAAAGGAAGUAUGUGGUUUAUGCAACGUGACACAAAAUGUUAUGACAGCUGAGAGGUUGUACAACUAAAAUGAAUGAUAUAAUACUAAGAAUCUGAAAUACACACCAGAGUUGACUUCACACUAAAGGCACACCUAGUAUAGAGUAACAUGGGUUUGUCUAUAUCAAAGAAUAAUCAAAUUGGUUUUAUUUUUGAAUCUAUAUGAACCUCUGAGAUUAAAAUAUAUUUUUCAAUAGGCUGAUCAGUUGGGGGUUAACAGUGUUACCUCCACCUCUCCACCUGUUCUCCUGUCUCUCCCUGAGGUGAAGGCCCCAGUCCCAUUGUAUGGUAUAACGAAUGAGUGACAGAUUAAAGGAAACAUCUAAAUAAAGUGUCUUUAAGGUCUUCUGUUAUCCACCAGAAAAGAGAUUGUUGUGUCUCGUCAGAUUUGUUAGUUUUUUUAUCCUUGUUUACUUGUAUUAGUAUUAUUUCUCGGUUAAGUUAAUAUUGUCAAGUCCACGCCUACUAACCUUUUUGUUAUCUGGCAUUUCCUGUUUGUCAUUCCCUGUUUUACUUUGGCACUAAUCCCCCCUCUCAUUUCAGGUAGUUCGACUCCUACCCAUUUGUGUUCUUCACUGACCUGAUUACCUUAUUGUUUUCACAGAGUGUGUAUUUAGUCUGUGUUUUUCUCUGUGCCAGGCCCAAGCGCCAGAUCGUUCGAGCCUUUGAGUCGAGCCUUCCAGCGUUUGAGCCUUACAAAUGUUAUUUGUGAUUUGUCAGAUAUCUGUGCUAG